AUUCGUCUCCCCACCAACUAGAUUCUCCUGAAACUUCCGCCUGCUUGCGCUUCUCAGAUCCCGUCGAUUUUGUCGUCCUCUUGCUGUGUUUUGGGCAGUUGGUUCUGUUACAGGAACAAGCAAAAUGGGUAAAGAAAAGAUUCACAUCAACAUUGUCGUUAUCGGACACGUAGAUUCUGGUAAAUCUACAUCUACUGGUCACUUGAUUUACAAAUGUGGUGGUAUUGAUAAGCGUACCAUCGAAAAAUUCGAGAAAGAAGCUCAGGAAAUGGGCAAGGGUUCCUUCAAGUAUGCUUGGGUAUUGGACAAACUCAAAGCUGAACGUGAACGAGGUAUCACAAUCGAUAUUGCUUUGUGGAAAUUUGAAACUGCCAAGUAUUAUGUGACAAUCAUUGAUGCUCCUGGCCAUAGAGAUUUCAUCAAGAACAUGAUCACAGGGACUUCUCAGGCGGAUUGCGCUGUGCUCAUAGUUGCAGCAGGAACGGGCGAAUUUGAAGCUGGCAUCUCCAAAAAUGGGCAAACUCGUGAACAUGCCCUUCUGGCUUUCACCUUGGGCGUGAAGCAGCUCAUUGUUGGUGUCAACAAGAUGGAUUCUACUGAACCUCCUUAUUCGGAAACUCGAUUUGAGGAAAUCAAGAAGGAAGUUUCGUCAUACAUCAAAAAGAUUGGGUACAAUCCAGCAGCGGUUGCAUUCGUUCCUAUUUCUGGGUGGAAUGGUGAUAACAUGUUGGAAUCCUCUGACAAAAUGCCAUGGUUCAAGGGAUGGACUGUUGAGCGCAAAGAAGGAAAAGCUGACGGAAAAACCCUUAUUGAGGCUUUAGAUGCUAUUUUGCCUCCGUCACGUCCAACUGAGAAGCCGCUGAGACUUCCUCUCCAAGACGUUUACAAAAUAGGCGGCAUUGGGACAGUGCCGGUGGGCAGAGUAGAAACUGGAGUCUUGAAACCAGGCAUGGUUGUCACUUUUGCCCCUGUAGGAUUAACCACCGAAGUGAAGUCUGUGGAAAUGCACCACGAAGCUCUUCAAGAGGCUGUGCCAGGCGAUAACGUUGGCUUCAACGUUAAGAACGUAUCUGUCAAGGAAUUGAGAAGAGGCUACGUCGCCGGAGAUUCUAAAAACAAUCCCCCUAGAGGCGCUUCCGACUUUAUCGCUCAAGUCAUUGUCCUAAACCAUCCCGGCCAAAUCGCCAACGGGUACACUCCAGUCCUCGACUGCCACACCGCUCACAUUGCUUGCAAAUUUGCGGAGAUAAAAGAGAAGUGCGAUCGUCGUACUGGAAAGACCACAGAGGAAAAUCCGAAGGCUAUAAAAUCGGGCGAUGCCGCCAUCGUUAAUUUGGUUCCGUCUAAACCAAUGUGUGUAGAGUCGUUCCAGGAGUUUCCGCCGCUGGGUCGUUUUGCGGUCCGCGACAUGAGACAGACUGUUGCUGUCGGAGUCAUCAAGUCUGUAAUUUUCAAAGAUACGGCGGGCAAAGUAACGAAGGCCGCCGAGAAGGCACAGAAAAAGAAAUAACUAGGCAUAGCAGGAGAUUCUGCCGAAAAGGGCCCCAAGAAGAUCUUCAUCAGCUCUUUUUAUUUUUUGUCUAGGAGGCUGCAGCAGAAUUAUUUUCAUCGAAAGGAGUUCAGGAGGAAAAAUACUUUGUUAUACGUUUUAGUUUUAUUUAAUUUAUUGGCGUUGAUGUUUGUUUAAUUUUAUUGGAAUGAGCAUUUCUGAAAUGUAGGAUAAGUUACUUUAAUGAUAUUGUGAUUUAUUUGUUUUUGUUGACUUGAUGAAUGAUACACUUGAUACAAUGUAUGUAGAAGCUUCUACUCAUAAUCAAUAAAGAAGCUCUCGGAAUA